AGGCACUUCUCGCUUUCUCUUUGCCAGGUACUCCGAAUUUCUCCCAGGCGGGGCGUAACGCACAACGCCCAGAAAAGGGAGCCGGGGCGAAGCUGCCUCGGCGCCGCCGGAUCCUAAGCCUGGCCUCGGGAGGCGCGCGGAGGAGGCCGGGGACAGCCAUGCGGCGAAGCAGCGGCAGCAGCAGCCCGGCGCGCUCGGCCCCGGCCCGGCCCGCGCGUGGGCAGAGCGGAGGGGCGCGCGCGCGAGGAGGAGGCGGCGUUUUCCUUCGCCGCUGCCGCUUCUCUGGUCCGAGGCAAGAGCCGCCUGCCGCCCCCGACGCCUCCCACGCGCCUCGGCACCAGCACCAGCACCAGCAGCUCCGAGCCGCCGCCGCGGCUCCAUUGUAAAUCCGGCGGCGUGGGAGGCGAUUCCGCGCCCGAGGCCCCGCGCCGAGGCGAGCAGGAGGAGGAGGCGGAGGAGGAGGAAGGAGAAGAAGGGGGAAGGGGCCGAGGCGCGGCCAGGGACGGCGGACAGGCGCCAUCCGACGCCCGGCGCGCACUCGCCUCUCGCCCAGAAGAGGAGGAAGGCGCCGCCGCCGCCGCCAGCGAGGCUCGAAGGCCCGGGGUCCAUGCCCCACCCGCCCGCCCCCCGGGACGCCUGCGAAGGAAGCCAGCAGCCCCUCGAGGAGCGCGCGCCAAAGUAAGCGGGAAGGGUCGUCUCCCUCCGUUCUCGCCUCUGCCCCGAACUCCGCUCCCGCAUCUAGUCCGGGAAUUGCCCGCUUAGGAGGCCGGGGGGGGGGGGCGUAGAUCGAAGGGAUCGGGGGCGCGGCGGAGAGAGGAGAGCGGCUGGGACUCCGGGCUUUCGCGAAGGCGCACCUCCGGACACGAGCCGCUCGGGCUCCCAAGUGGGAGAUGCGCGGCCCGGUGCUUCUUCCGUGCAUUCUGCACACGCUCAGAGACGCUUCGGCCUGUCAUUUUUCUGCCCCUGUUCGCGGGCUAAGUAUUGCCCUUUCGGGUCCAUCAGAAAGGAUCUUCCCCAGCACCCCCGCCCUCAAAUCCCUUAUCUCAAAUUAUGCCCAGGGGUAUUUUUAGGUUGUUGUUGUUGUAGCAUCCUGAAUGCACCUAACCAGGGUUUGGGCUGUGAGUAUCUGGGGAGGGGCAGGCAGGGCGAAUCGUGGAGCUAAAUGUCUUUGGGAGAUGGGGAAAGUGUCUCCUGGGCGCUUCAAAAAGGACUUGGAAGCCUUCCUGGUCAGCUGGAGACAGCAGAACGUCCCCAUAAACUCCCAGUCCGAAAUCCUCCUUCCCGAAGAGUAUUGGCAGGAAGCAUGAUGUGGGAGGAGGGCAAGGAAGUUUGGAGCUAGCAGUGCCUUCUCCCACCCUGCCUGCAAGCUUCAUUACCCAGCUCCCUUACACCCCCCCCCCCCCAUCACUCACAUUUCCACAUUCCAGCACUUCCCUGUAGCGUUGCUCCAGGGAAAAGACACACAUAAACACAUAUGGGGGGGGGAGAGAAUGGUAGUUUACAGAACUAUCCUAAGUGCCCCAAUGCCUUUCAUUUUGACCAAGACGGGGCAAGGAGUGGGUGUCUGCGGAGUGUGGGUGGGCGUGUUUUAGGGGAGACAAAGAGCAUGUGUUUGUGUGUGGCCUCUUCCUAGUUUGCAGAGAAGAUCCAAGUAAUGUGAGUUUGUUUGAAAUGUCCUUGGCUUUAGUGCAGACAGAAGGUCCCAUUUCAGCUAUUGGUAGUGCAUCAGUGGUGGGGGUGGGGAGAGCUAUAGGUGCGUUUUGUACCUUCCUUUUGAGUAAUUCAGGGCAGGGACAGAGGACUCUCCCUGCAUGCCAUGGUCUGAGUGCAAAGUGUGUAAAGGGGUAAAGUAGAUGCACUUUGCUGCCUGCAACACCCUCACCUCCCAUUUCCCAUUCCAUGCCAAUUUUGAACAGGCUCAUAGCUGAGCCUUCCUUCCACACCAGGCUUUGCCCCACGACUGAGGGGGCUGCGGCCGCGUGACACCACCAUGCUGUGCAUGCAUGAGCUUGGAGGGUGGCCCCUUAAUUGAAAAGGGGGGGGGGCCUGGCUCCCAUGGCCCCGCAUAGAUGGCUCACGUGUUCCACACUGUGCAAUGGGACAGCAUUCUUCACCGCUCCUGAGGGCAACAGGCUAGUGUAAGAGGCACAGGGCAGGCCGCAUGGCACACCUAGCAUUGCCACCCAGUGUUUCAGCUGCAACUCCCCGCUCACCAGCACCUGCUCCCUGAGGUGUGUGCCCUCAAGCCUGUCUGGCCCUCAAGCUUAGGACUGUCUACAUGGACUAGUCGUGGUUCUUUGGAGUUUUAGGCAGGGGGUGUGCCCAGCCCCACCUGGAGAUGCCAGGAAUUGAACCUGGGACAUUCUGCACACCCAGCUGUUGCUCUACCAGUGAGCUGCGACACUUCCCCAGUUUCAGCGUGCAUUUCGUGUAGAUCUCACUGAAUAGGUUCAAUGACAGAGGAAAAAGUGACGUGGGGGGCGAGCUCUUUGCUUUGAUGGGAAGAUGGCUGUGUGUUACGGUUGGAGGUUGUUGUGUAGGAUGCGGGUACGCAAGAUGACACUCACUUAUUCCAGGCGAAUUCAUCCAGAGAAAAUGCCACCCUCUGGCCUCGGGCUCACAAUCACUAAUGAUGAUCCGAAUCACAGUCACAAUGUUUUACAGGGUGGCAAGGAGGUGGGAGGUAAACCUCUGGAGUGGGUGGGAGGGGGGGUCUCUUCCACCCCCUUUAUAGAAUCACAGAAUUGUAGAGUUCGAAGGGAUCCCGAGGGUCAUCCAGUCCAAUCCUCUGCGAUGCAGGAAUCUCAGCUAAAGUAUCCCUGACAAAUACCCAGCGACCUCUUCUUUAAAACCUCCAAGGAUGGAGAGUCCACCAUCUCCUGAGGGAGUCUGCUAACAGCACUUAGCAUCACAAAUUUCUUCCUGAUGUUUAGUUGGAAUCUCCUUUCUUGAAACUUGAAUCCAUUGGUUCGGGUCCUACCCUCCAGAGAAAGAGAAAACAAGCUUGCUCCCUCUUCCAUGCGACAACCCUUAAGAUAUCUGAAGAUGGCUUUCCUAUCUCCUCUCAGUCUCCUCUUAUCCGGGCUAAGCAUACCCAACUCCCUCAACCGUUCCUCAUCAGGCUUGGUUUCCAGGCCUUUGAUCAUCUCGGUCCCCCUCCUCUGUGCAAGUUCCUUGCUUAGGACCAGUUCACACAGAUAAGUGGUGCUUGUUUCCUCUGCACAAUCGUCUUCUGUGGUAUGUUAACCACAUGGAGAGACUUCAGUGUGAAUUAAUAGCUUACAUGGGGACAGUCUAAUCAAGGGAAAAGCCGCAGCUGCCUCUGUGUUAGCAGAGUACAUAACCAUUCACUUGCAGAAAACAAGCACCCCCCUUUUAGGGGCGAAUCAGGCCUCGAACCAAACGGAUUGUGGGUACAGGUUAAAUUAUCCAUGUUGGUAGAGCAUUAGACCCUCUCAGGGUCGUAGGUUUGAGCCCCAGGUUGGGCAAAAGAUUUCUGCAGUCCAAAGGGGUUGGACUAGAUGACCCUCUGGGUCCCUUCCAAUUCUACAGUUUUAUGAUUCUAUCAUUCCAAACUUGGUUGUGGCUAAUAAGCCUCAGCACGUGCUCUCCAUUUGUCCACCAGUCCCAUGCCUGGACCAUGGGGGCGAGACAAGAGGGUGAGACUUCAUCUCUCCGUUUCGCCCACCCUUUCUGCCGGCUGACCGCGCGCUCUGUCCCUGCUGCAGGCCUCUGGCUAUGGCCCUGUCCCUGCCUCGUACCCUGGGCGAACUCCAGCUGUAUCGUGUUCUGCAGAGAGCCAACCUCCUCUCCUACUAUGAGACCUUCAUCCAGCAGGGCGGCGACGAUGUGCAGCAGCUGUGUGAGGCAGGCGAGGAGGAGUUCCUGGAGAUCAUGGCCCUGGUUGGCAUGGCAACCAAGCCGCUCCAUGUCCGGCGCCUGCAGAAGGCCUUGCGGGAGUGGGCCACCAACCCAGGGCUCUUCAACCAGCCGGUGCCUUCCAUACCUGUGAGCAGCAUCCCUCUGUUCAAGAUCUCUGAGUCUGGGGGCCGCAAGUCCCUGACCAACGGGCACACCAGCCCCGGAGAGACCCUCAGCAAAGCCAGCGCUACCUCCCCCGCCAAGAGCCCCUCGGAUCCAAGAGAGAAGCUGUCCCCCUUGCCGGCAAUUCAGUGGGGCAAUCCAGAAUCGGAAGAGGAAGGGGGGGCCUCCUCGCCCAGCGAGCACCCCUCAUCCGCAGAGCACCUGGAUCCAGAGCUGGCCCAGGCGGUGUCGGAGGGUGUGGACCGACUGCUGCGCAGCUGCCCCCGUGGCGGCGAGACCGAGCUGAGGACCCUCAUGAAGCUGAACAAGAAACUGGCCAAAGCAGUGGGGCACAUCUUCCGGAUGGACAGCGGGGACCCUCGCAAAGAGGAAGAGAUACGGCGCCACAGCGCCAUCUACGGACGAGGCGAGACCCGGCGAUGCGAGGGCAAGCAGCUCACGCUUCAUGAGGUGAGCCACGGAGGCUGGCUGGGGAGGCAGGAUUGCUCACCAUCAGGGGACUCCUCUAGGCCCAAGCAGAGCUGGCUCAGAUCCAGAGUUUGCAGUGGAGCAGCCCCAUGCAGUGCACUUGGGGCAUAACACUUUAUGGCAAGGGGAGUGCAUGUCUGCUAGUUCAUAUUGUUUUGUUUUUAAAAUGGGGUUUGGGCGCUCCAACUCUAAAGGGAGCUAAAUUAGCUUAGAGCCAGGCUUCCUUUUCCCUGAACGAAAGGAGCUUUGAUCCGGCAGACACUGCCAGUGGUGGAAGGGUUGUGGGAAGGAAUUUCUCCCAGUCCCCUGCAGCUUUCAGGGUAGGCUUUCAGGGGGCUGAAAUUGCUUCCUUCACCUUUCCACCCACUGGGAAUAUUGCAUGAACAGAGUUCUGCCUGGUGAUCUGUAUAUCACAGGCAUUUUUUAUCCAAGAAACUGGUAAUAAAAUAUUGAUUCUGGAUUGUUACAGAAGAGGGGAGUUAGACUUGCUGUUGUUCUUUGUCUGCCCCCUUCACCCCUCAAGCGCCCCUCCAGUCUUCCCCACAGCAUUGUUACAAUGGGGAGCUUUCCUUUAAAAGAGACCUCAAACUGGCAAGCGAUUGUGUGGGGUGUGUGCCUGGCACUCCUCACCAACGUUGCCCAGUGGUAAGCCAUGCGCUGCUCUCCAGAUGCCAGUGAUUGGCUGCUCUUUGCUCAUGAGUUCCCCAAGAACCACAGGGGUAGACAACAUGGUGCUCUGUAGGUGUUUUUGUACUCCAGGUCCCACCCUCUGUGCUCAUGGGCCAGGCUGGGUAGGGUCUAUGGGAGCUGGAGUCCAGCAUCGUCCAACGUUGCCUCCCCUUGCUGUACCGCAAGAGCCCUGUGGACUCAGUAUCCUCAUCGCUUCCCCAGAGACUCACUCUGCCCUCUCCAUCCUCCCAGCUCACCAUCAACGAGGCUGCCGCCCAGUUCUGCCUGCGGGACAAUUCCCUGCUGCUGCGAAGGGUGGAACUCUUCUCACUGUCACGCCAGGUGGCCCGGGAGAGCAGCUACCUGUCCUCACUUAAGGGAUCCAGGUGAGAACCAAACCCUCUCGUUCUUGCUAGUGGUAGAGCCUGGGGGGGGGGUUACCUGAAAGUGAGGCUGCGGCCUCCUGCUGUAAUGCUACUGUGGGUCAGGGGCGCCAGCUCCUGGGGACUGAGCCCUUCUCCUCCCCCCAUCCCAGAAAGCAGAGGCGAACCGCAGAGCAGUGCACAGCGCAGCUCGUGGCUGGCUCUUCCUCCUCAUCCUCCUGCUGUGAAGCAGCCUUCUGCUGGUGGCAGCGCCAAGAGGAGACGGAUCAGGAGCCGCAGCCACUGAAGUGACGUUGCCCCCCCCAUUGCCCUCGCAAGCUGGCACCUCUGCUGUGAGGCGGGGUGGGGAGAUGGUUCAGCAAGCAGCCUAAAGAUUCUCUGCCUGGUAGGGUGGAGAGCCUUUGCUUCUAUUUGAACCCUCCCCAGCUGUCCUUCCAGAUUGGCAAGAAGGGAGGCGUCAGUGCCUACUUUAGUUAAAAGUAAAUACAACCAAAACUCUUGUUUAUCUGGAAACACAGAUUUCUGAUCUAGAAGCCCUGUCCCCUAAUUCCUGAUAGGUGAGGAUGCUUUGCCAUUGCUCAGUGACAGAAGAAUGUUUCUAAUUAUUAUUUUUCCUGAUAUUUUUGUGCCCCAACAUCACAGAGACCUGGACUGAGCUUUGCUGGGUCCUGGGACAAAGUGAGUUCUGCCGAGGGAUGUCCACCUGGCCUGUUUAUCUCACCCCCUGGCAGGGCCUUUUCUGCAGUGACACCCCAAUUUUGAAAUACCCUGACUAGUGAUGUCAACAUUAGAAUAUUUUCAGUGCCAGAUUAAGACUUCCUUGUUUGCCCAGAUAGAGCAGUGCCUAGUGGGUGGCGCAGGUGGGCCUCCAAUGCUCUCCCAGCUUCCCGAAACCUUAACCCGUCCCCCUCUUGGCAGGUGGUAGUGACUGAGUAUUGGGAAGCCAUGAGAGCAACAGAGCCCCCCCCCCCCCCCCGUGCCUCCACACUGGCUGCUACUGCCCAGAUAUUUUACAAGGUCUAUAUUUGUAUUUUAUCUGCUUUUUGCCUGUUAGUUUGUUUUAUGGUGGAUUAUGCUUUGCUUCAGUUGUAUUUUGUUGUUGUUGUUAGUAUUAUAUACUGCCUCGGGACCUGUUUGGAUGAAGGGCAGAAACUUUAAAAAUGAAGAGCUGCUUCCCCACUGCUCCAAAUAGUAGUUUGGGCACCCAGUAAAUGGGCUUGGCACUCUUUGGCAACUGGAGCUGACCCAGCUGUGACUGUGCAGCACAUGCACAUUCUGCCACCCUUUCUGCUUAUGGCCCUUGCUGCUGCUCUCACUCAUGGAAUGGCCUGGUUCAAAUGUAAGAGGAAUCCAUUGUUUGGCACUGAAGGUCAGGGCCUUGCAUGAGCCUCUGGUUUGCAAGCACUCCCUCCACACCCCUCUCCUCCUUCUGUGCAUGUGCAAAGAUAUCAAAAGCUUCAGCGUUCACUUUUGAACUAACCACAGUUCGCAGUUAUGUCCAAACUUGAGGACCCGUGGUUUGUUCUAAUUGUGGCAAGUUAUCAAACCAGAGCAUCAAACUACAGAUCACAGAUUCCCAAUGUAACAGAGAACUGAGAUUAGUUCAAAAGGGAAAGGGGAGGGCACAAAUCUAACACCCACCGCAACACGUUCUCGUGGUUUCCCAUUACAGUGGAAUCAAUGUGGCAGUUAAUGGGCAAAAAGAGUUUAUCUGUGUGAUAUUGUAGGUGCCCAGCGUCUCACUUAAACAGGCCCUCAGCUGCUGUGCCUGCAACAUUAAUAUGCCUGCAGCGUCCCAGGCUGCAGAAUCCUGUAUGCGCUAAACUGGCAUGUUAAGGUGAGGGGCUCAGUUUAAAUGUAGGAAGGCAUGCAACGUUAUAUGGCUGAGUUCCUCACUACCUGGCAGUAUGUUUAAAUCAUUCUUGAUACCUUUUUGACUUCUUCAGUGCCCAGGCCAGGGACGAAAUCCUGGCCCGUUACCUAGCAGAGUGUUCUGACUCCAUUGUGUCUUUUGUCCUCAGGCUGCAUCCGGAUGAGAGCGGUUCUGGGCAAGCCAAGCGCUUCAAGCAGGAGGUAAGCUGCAGAGCCAGCCCAGUUGCGCCUGCAUGAGAUUGCAAAGAUAAUGAAUGGGAAGCCCUGUGGAUCCCCAGAGAAACUGCUACAUAAAUGGCGGUGGUGAUUCACGUGUUCACACACAUAGAAACUGGCAAGUAUAUGGUACGAUGGACCAGGGGAAAGCACUCACUUUGCAUGCAGGAGAUCCCCAGCUGAAUCGCCAGCAUGGAGGUCUCUUGCCAGUCAGAGCAGAGACAGUGCUCAGCUAGAUCAGGGGUCAGCAAACUUUUUUUGGAGGAGGCCGGUUCAUCGUCCCCCAGACCUUGUGGCGGGUUGGACCUCGCGUGCAGGCGCACAUGCAUCAAAGGGAGCUUCUCUCCCCCAGCCCCUCCCCUCCCCCUGCUUACCUAUGCUGCUGCCAUCGGCACUGCGCUCUCCCAACCGCGGCUCCUGUGCCUGCCCUUGUGAGCGGUGGAGGGACGAGCGGCCCGAAAGGGCUGGCUGGCUCCGGAGAGGCGCUGCCCAAAAUGGCGCUCAGCCAGCUCAGCCUAGCCCCCUUCCUGCACUACAAAAAUGUGAGUCAUUUUGGACUCCCAGCUGUCCAUAGAGGCACAGGUUAAUUCUGUGUCCAGGGCAGCUCUCUAUCAGCUCCAUCUGGUACGCAGGCUGAGACUCUACCUGCCCGCAGACUGUCUCGCCAGUGGUGCAUGCUCUAGUUAUCUCCCGCAUGGACUACUGCAAUGUGCUCUGUGUGGGGCUACCUUUGAAGGUGACUCAGAAACUAUAACUAAUACAGAAUAUGGCAGCUAGACUGGUAACUGGGAGUGGCCGCCGAGACCAUAUAAAACCAGCCCUAAAGGAUCUUCACUGACUCACAAUAUGUUUCCGAGCACAAUUCAAAAUGUUGGUGCUGGCCUUUAAAGCCCUAAACAGCCUCGGCCAUGAAUACCUGAAGGAGUGUCUCCACCCCCAUUGCUCAGCCUGGACACUGAGGUCCUCCUCUGAGGGUCUUCUGCUCACUGCAAGAAGCCAAGUUACAGGGAACCAGGCAGAGGGCCUUCUCGGUGGUGGCACCCUCCCUGUGGAACGCCCUCCCAGCAGAUGUCAAACAGAUAAACAGUUCUGUGAUUUUAAAAAGACACCUGAAGGCGUCUUUAGGGAAGUUUUUAGUUUUUAGUGUGUGAUGUUGUAUUGUACUUUUACAAUUUUUUCUUGGGAGCUGCCCAGAGUGGUUUGGGCAACCCAGUCAGAUGGGAGACAUGUAAGUAAGUAAGUAAGUAAAUUAGUAGUAGUGGUAGUAGUAGUAGCUUAGAGUUCAUUUCAUCAGAUCUCUGAAAUAUUAUCCUCAGUUGUAACAUAAGCUGCAGCUGCAGGUAUACAUGUGGGGGUGGAAUCAUAAGCAGUGGGAUUAGAGGAUAAUUAAAUGCAAAAAGUACUGGUCAUAGUGACAAUUCAAUUAAAGCUGGAGCCUCUGCCGAAAUAAGCUUCCUGGCUCUAACUGACUUUUCCCUGGCAAGGUUCAAAGCUAGAGAGCAUCCACCCGCCUUUAAACCUCCCCAGUUGGCCUCUCCUGCCCUGUCCCAUCCUGGGCCUGCCUUCCAACACCUCUUCCCCAAUCUGAUUCAGGGCUCUGGGGGACACACAGGAGACAGUGGAGACGCUGUGACUGCCGUAUCUCUUGCAACAUCAGGAGAUUAGGGGCCAAACUAAAUGGGUCAUUAAAUAUGUACAGGGGUCUAAUGUGCAUUUUUAUCUUUCAAUAGCAGCUGCAGUGUGGGGGGCGGUUAACCCUUUCCAUGCAUCCAUCUCUUCCCGUGAAGCCAUUAGUCUCACGUGGGACGAUUCCAUUGUGUCAACUUUUGGUUGAGCAUUAAUUCCCUUCCCCAGACAGUCCCAUUUCUGCUUGAGCAUGGGGUAUAGCUGACAUUUGCAGAUAAAAUAAAGUGCACAUUGAACAGUUGCAUGCAUUUCAAGUCACUUUUGAGUGAAUGGUCUCCAGCAUUGAAUCUGACAAACCUAGUGGGGGAUGUGUUUACGGUGGAGGCAAAGUCUUUUGCCAAAGGACUAUACGCCCAGCUUUAAUGCCUGCCUCCCUUGUCCUUCCAGCAGGUUGCUGAGCACAGCCGUCCUGAACUUCCCUUGGUCUGCGAACCCUUCCUUCCUCAGUACCGGUCCAGCGUAGAGGAAGACACAGCCAGCUUGUCAGGGGAAAGCUUAGAUGGACACCCACAGGGUGAGUGGACUGAGCUCCAAUUAAAUGUUCCAACUGCAUGGAGAAGUAAAUUAGGGUGCCUCAAGACUGUCACUGUUUUGUGGGGCGGGUGCAAGUAAGUUUAGGUUUGCACUGUUUUGUUUUUUAUUAUUUUUAUUUAGAGCAUCCGUACCUUGCUUUUUAGCCAAAAAGGCUCCAAGAGUGGAUUACAUGCCGUUAAUUCAAACAAAGUAGUACCUGCCUGCAGACUUACUAUCUAAAAACCACAACAAGUAAAGAAACGGGCAAAGAGGGAAGAGGAAAAAAGCAAAUUCGGGCACCAAUUCCGAAAUAGUAGUUCAUAUAAUGAUCAGCUGUCAGGGAAACAGCUCAGGGGCAGGAGGUCUGAUGGAUUAGAGUCCAGAAAUGGCUGAAAUCCAGAAAAAAUAGUCUGUUUUCCUAGUGCAACAAAUCCACUUUUUUUAAAAGUAUGACUUUUUUGAGGCUUGGACUUUUUUGAGGCUUGGAAAGUGACUGGUAAAUGUAUUGAAAAAUGUGGGAUGAACAAAUGACGUAACAGGAGGACAUAUAAAACACCAUGCCAGCAAAUCAGGAAGAAUGCAGGAUGAAUGUUCAUUGCCAUAUAAUAACCCCACAAACAAAUCAGAACAAAUGCUCAAUAGAAACUGGAUCUAGAAUCUAACCUCCAUGUAAGCUUUGGGUGAGCAAAUUGGGAUGAAUGCUGAAUAAACAGGCCCCCUGGAUCUCAUGCCCUUUGGCCAUGGGGCCAGAAGAAGUCCCCUAGACUUACAGGCAGGCUCAGAUGCCCUUCCUUUUUGUUGGAGCUCUGAUUCUUUUGCCCUUUGUUUGCUUGCUCUUUCUAAACUUGAAACAUGUGUUGACUUGUACAUAAUUUGGAAUCAUAUUCUGUGGCUCACAGACUUUGCACAACAACACUAAGUUCUGUCUGAUUUUGACUUCAUCCUGAAUGCUUUCUGCAUUUUGCCACCUCAGAUUCUUCAUGCGCACAGACCUUUCCCUCGCCAAACAAUACUGAUAUUUUGAGCUUUGAUUUUUUUUUAAAAAAAACCUUGAGUAUCAAAACCUACUCUUUUAGGCAUAUUUGUGUUUCCUAAAAGCUAUCACAGUGUCCUAACUGCCGUUUUCCAGAGGGGCUGUGAAUUUUGGGCAGAAAAUUCUCAGUAUCCUGACAAAACCAGCAGCCCCAGGGCGUUUAUUACAGGGAUAUGCAGCAGUAGGUUGGCUUUAAAACCAGCUUUUCAUUUCUGUUGAAGAAACCUCCUGUGUUUCCUUCUCAGAACUAUGACAACUUUCUCUCUGAAAUGCAAACCAUGUCAUGUACAUCCCUAAGACUUAAUUCACUCACUUUAUAUUCCAUCUUUCUACAUAGAGCAGCCAAGACUUGUUUGGCAACUCUCAGAAGAUUCCAAGAGAUUAGAAAGGGAUCCCAUAGCUCAGAGAUAGAGUGCCUGCUCUCCCUGCAGAAGGUCCCAGGGGCAGCUGUCUUGCAGGUCAGCCUUCUCAAAUCUGCUGCUCCAGAUGUUGUUGGGCUCACAGCUGCCAUCAUCUCUGGCCUCUGGCAAUGCUGACUGGGGCUGAUGGGAGUCAGAGUCCAGCAGCAUCUGGAGAAGGCUGAGUUAGAAUAACCUUGUGUAGCAGGACUCGUGCCUGAGAUCCUGGAAAGUCACUGCCUGUCAGAGCAGAUCAGCCUUCCCGUACUUGCCCCCCACCUGGCGGUUUUGACUGCGACUCCUUCACCCUGAACCAUUGUCGUGUUGUCUAAGGCUGAUGGGAGUUGUAGCCCUAAACAUCUGGAGAGCCAGAGGAUGGGUAAUGCUAGAAUGGACAGUGCUGGGCUUUGCAGAUCUGACUCAGGGCAGCUUCACCUGUUCAGAGACGCAGCCAGAGAAAAUAAAGACGGACACAUUAAGACCAAAGGCUUUCUAACCUUUGGUCCUCCACAUAGUGCUGGAUUAUACCUCCAGACCCAGCUGGCUGCGUCUGAUGGGAGAUGGGGUCCGACAGCAUCUUUCAAUACCACAAGUUCCCCCUUCCUGUUUUGCAAUUUUCAAUCGCCACUUCUGAUUUGGCAUUCCAGCAACUCCUCCUGCAAUUCUGAUAAGAGCACAGCAAAGCUUUGCAAGUCUCAGCACGGAGGUGCCCCCAGGUGCCAUCAUUCUGAGGUGCCAAACUGACGUCAUUGACGGGAUCAGGUUCGUUGGGCCUCAUGUUGGCAGGGAGCUGAACAGCAGCCGAGUUCCCAUGAACGCAGAGGUCUUAAAGGCAUGUGAUGUGCUCCUGACCCCUGCCUCGCGCAAGUCUCGGGGUGCUGCUCCUGUUCUCCUCAGCAGCUCCCACCAUAAUAGGGAACCUGCCUGGUUGCAUCCCCAGCUUACGUGAAUGGGUUUGUUUUCUGAGUAGAGGAUAAUGUGUUCUCUGGACCAUGCUGGUUGUCCUGUGCCCUUCCCAAUGUUACCACAGUGCCCUUUCGUUGUUUCUCCUAGAUAAUGCAGAUGCUGUUUAGUUGUAGAUUAAUAGGUUUUAUGUGACUAGAUCAACUAACUACUAUGCAUAAUUUAGGAAAUACAUGAAGUGCCAGUGGAAAACAUGAUUUAAAUUAUUCAAAUCAUCUGGGUCCACUCCCUCCCCCCUCCCCCCGUGAUUUUAAUUGAUGUGCCCUGGUUGAAUUGCAUGCAAGAGUUUCAUAAUAAUAGUACUAUAAUAUUUAUUAUUUGUACCCCAUCCAUCUGACUGGGUUGCCCCAGCCGCUCUGGACAGCUUCCAACAUAUAUAAAAACAUAAUAAAACAAUACACAUUAAAAGCUUCCCUAUAUAGGGAAUUCUUUCUGACAGGAUUGAAAAAAGCUGGAAGGUGUGUUCCCCUUGUAUUUUUGGUCCCACCAAACAUAAAUUGAUCCAGGAAACAGUGCUGCCCGUUUCUACUCUAGGUAUCUUCAACCUUUUUAGACUUAGGACCCACUUUUAACCCAAACAUGCAUUUGGGGACCCAUUCCGUAUGUUUGCAUGGUGGUUAGCGUUCCUGUUGCGACCUACCUUGGAUCAGGCUGCUCCCACCAGCUGAAGAACAGUGUUCUGCUCUGUAUCUCACUUGCAGAAUGCAUGUCCUUCGGAAGGGUGUGAAAGGAAGAACAGAAUCCCUACUCAAUCUGCCUCCCUCGGUGAUUCCAGUCUUUAAGAACCCAUUCUAAGCUCCGUUUCUUGACCAUGUUAGAGCAGGAUAGACAAUGGGGACUUGGCUUUUCUUUGUCUAGGUUACUCCUAGUUCCUAGCGUAGCUUUAGUUUGGAAGAGAUUCUAAGUUCUGGAGUAGAUUGGGUCAUUCUGUUGACUCAAUCCAUUUUUACACAAGUUUGCACCGUCCUCCCCACUGAUUCCUCCUCCCCCUUUUCUGCAGCAACAGGAUCCUGUCCUCGGCUUACACCACCCCCCAACGCUGCCCCUGACACACUUCUGAGCCUCCCGCCCCAUGGACUAUGGAGUCGUCAUAUCCUGCAGCAGACUUUGAUGGAUGAAGGGCUGCGUCUGGCCCGGCUGGUGUCGCACGAGCGGGUUGGACGGCUCAGCCCCUGCCUGCCAGGGAAGCCCCCAAGCCAAGGUAAGAGGCUUCCUCCCCAGGACUUUAUCGGGCAGCAAGAGAAGCCUUGCCCAGCAGCUUCGCUAAACUAAUAAGUAGGCACCACAGCUAGGAUAGCAACGGGCAUAUAGAACCAGAAUUGUAGAGGUGGAAGGGACCCUGAGGGUCAUCUGGUCCAACCCCUGCAAUGCAGGAAUCUCAGCUAAAGCAUCCAUGGCAGGUGGCCAUUCAGCCUCUGCUAAAAAACCUACUUGGAAGGAGAGUCCACCACCUCCCGAGGGAGACUGUUCCAUUUUCAAACAGCUCUUGCAGCCAGAAAGUUUUUCCUAAUGCUUAGUCAGAAAGGACAAGGAGCCUUCACAAACACUGCCUAGCUGGGCUUAGUCAGGAAAGACAUCAUUAAAUCAAGAAAAUGCAAAAUACAUGAAUGUCUGGCAAGACUAACUUUGAUGGCAUCCAAAACGCGUUUUUGGGCACAGCAAAAUCUCAAUAGCCACAUUAAGCUCAAGAUCAUCAUGCUACCUUAUAUUGGUUAUAACUAUGUCGCAAGGAGAUGGCAGGAAUAAAAGCAGCGUGUCAUAGAUUUUGUGCCUGCCAAAUUCUUUUCAUUUCAUUAAUUAAGGGGGCUUCCAGGCUGAUGCUGUUUUAGGGUGGUAUUCAGUCACAUACUGGCAAAUUCAGGUUGUGCAACUAAAGCCGAUUUGGACCUCUUGCACAAAAGGUUGGAUGUUUUGUGAUAAGGAAUGCGACAAGAAAAUGCACUGCCAAGUGUAGGGUAAUGAUUGGGUGAUGCAAUGUUGUAUAACCUCCUCACAAACAAAUCACAAUGAAUGCUUAAGAACAGGAAUCUCUGGAAGCACCCUAAGAGUAAGCUUACAGGAGCAGAAUAAUUUUUGACAGCAAAGAUCACCGUGUGGUGAUCUUUCCUUGUGGUCACUGGAGAAUGGCAGGGAAAACUGAGGGGAUGGUGCUUCAGAGCUCAGAUGCUAAGAGUAUAACCUUUGGAACCACCCCAAAAAAUACAUUGUGCCUGUGGGGAUGUGCAACUGAAGGGAAGCCCACAGUUGUGGCAGGAGCUCCUUGCUGCUUGAAGUUAAUAACAACAGAAAAAGAGGCCAAGGACAGGAAAUUGCAUAUUUCUGUCUGACUUUCAAUUUCUCAUUUUAGAGUUUGGGGAAAAUCUUUCUGAGCGGUGCCAGCCCCCAGCAGCACAGGCCGAAGCUAGAAGAAACAGCAUCAAGGUGGAACCGGAUACCAGCCGGCAAUGAGCAGCAGGUGACUUGUGGCUCAGUCGCCAAGCAAUAACAUGCCAACCAGCUCUGAACAUCAGACUCUGGCAGGGGAGAGGGGCGCAAUUCUCCCCAUCACCACAAGGAGGCGUGCUUGGUUUCCUCAACAGAGCAAGGCUACCAUAUUAGCACAGCACAUUUUAUUACUCCUGGUUCUCGUCACAAAAUGGAGAACCUGCCUCUCCCCCUCCCUAUUAACUAUGUAAGAUGUUGGGGGCCGUCCUCACUACAGGCGAUAGCCAUGAGCUCAGGGAGACCCAAUCUGUGGCUGGCUUUGCCCUGCGAAAGGCUACUGGAAGGUCAGCCUCACCCACAGCCUUUCGCCCCUCAUGAAGCCUGGAACUCUGGGGCACAUAGCCAUAAAAACACAAAACCCCACACCAAUACACUUUGUGCCCUGAACAGAAAGCUGAUUCGAUUUCUCAGACACAAGCAUCGAUUAUCUUUCUGCAUCCAAAUUUCUUAUGAUAACGCACUGACUUACACUUGCAUCCCAUACGUGUACAUACAACACAUUUUCUCCAUUGCCCUUCUCUCUCUCUCUCACACACACACACACACUCUGCCUUGCAUAUGGACAAGUGGCAGACAUGAUAUUCCUUACAUUAUUGUGUAUCGGUUGUCACACUUUCAAUUGUAGAUUGCGUAUACAAUGCUCAAAAUAGCUCCAGCAUCAUUACCUCCCUUGGUCUUGACCUUAAUCUGGUGUUUAUAGUCACCAAUGGUACUGAUUCACUGCUCAGUCGUGUUUUGGAAUCCUGAGAGGUAUUUGCUUCCAUGCCUGGGGCAUGCUGGUGAAAUUUACAGUUCCAUCCUGUUCCAGCAGCAGAUUUGUUUUUUAAUUUCUUAUUUUACUAAAAUUGUGUAGUUGCAGGAAUUAGAAUUGAUUUUUGAAAAAGGCUUACCACGCCCACCCCAAUUUUAUGUGAUCUGCAGUGGCCCCCUAAAGGGAGGGGAAAUGCAAGUGAGUCUUCUCUCUGUUUGGAUCCAGAAGGAGCAUCAGGCUCACUCCUUCCCUGGGAGCAGCUUGUUUCUCCCAGCCGCCGCUUUCCUUUCCUGAGGCAACCAGUUCAUUCUCUUGGGGCUCAUCUACUGCUUUUGCUCCUUGCAAGGAAGAGAAGCCAGUGGUCUCAGGACCAAGAGGUGGUGUUGUACGAUACAGGACGACUCAGGACCAGUGUUGCCUCUGGUACCUUCAAGGGGAACGUGAUGAUUUGAAUGCCCCUGGGUUGCUGUGUGGAUCUUCCAUCUUGGAGCAGCUGCAUGUAGGCAAGAAACUGGCGCACAAUUGCAUUUUUAAAUUGGUAUAACCCGCCCUGGGACCUUAUGGCAAAGGCCGAGUAAGAAAUUGAAUAAAUUAUAAUAUUCUAGCAAAAGGCAGCCAUAGAGAAACAGGUAAAGGCAGAAGGCCCCAAGUGCAUACACUGAAAAUGCCACCUAUUUAUUUGAGGUUCCCACUUUGACAAGAACUGACAACUUUUCAGUUAGUUCUGGAAGUUCUGUAGUAGUUUACCACUGUACCACUUGGAAUCUUUCAAUGGGAGAUAGGAGACAUUUCUAGUAGAGCUCAACCACUUCCGGGGCAGAGGAUUGAUUAUAGUGACCUUUAAGGAGGCCAGGAAUGCAUGAACUGUACUGCUGCCAUAAGGAAAGAUUGUUCGGCCUCAAUCCUGCCUUGUGCUGUGGGUCAGAUAAGCCAGAGCUAAUCCCUCCUUUGGGCUUUCUUGAAUGCAGCCCCAUCUCCCUUCUCCAUAUGAAUGGAGCAGAGGGGAAGGGCUGCCACAGGAAAUGAGGAGGGAAGGGGGACGCCUCCCUAAGGUUCUGGGGUGGGGGUGGGGAAUCUAUCACAUGUGGCGUUCUGCUUAAGUAGACCUACUGAAAUUAAUGGGCCUAACUUAGACACGUUCAUGGAUUUCAGUGAGUCUGUAGUCUGGGGUGGCUUGAAGAAAAGGCAACACAGUCCAUUUCUGCAGUGCAAGGGAAUAUGGUGUUGCCAAGGGAAAUGGAUCCUCUGGAUCUCCACACGCUGCUGAGCUGUAAUUCCUGUCACCCCUGGCCCUUGUUCAUACUGGCUGGGGCUGAUGGGAGUUGUAAUCCAACCACAUCUGGAGGAUCCCUGGCUCCUCAUGCCUGGCAUAACCACUGCUUGUCAGGAUGGAGAAAAAAGAACAGUGACUGCUCUGUAUUUUGCUGACGAUUUAAGCUAAUUGUACUGUAGUGAGGUUUUGUUUGGACAUACAGGUGCAAAACAUGGAUUAUUCAAGGAAGGCCAUGAAAUCCUGUUGAGGCAAACAUUAGCAGCCACAGGCUCUUGCUUCCGGUUCCUCAUCUUGUCCCAUAGAGCCUUGGUGUCUUUUUAGAGAAAAUUAGCACCCUUUCCUUUGUAAUGUGUACAGUAGAUUAUUUAUUUUGUUAUUUUGAAAUAAAGUCUUAUUUUAUGGCUU